AUGAUCGGGGCCCUCUGCCUGGCCAGGAGCCUGGGGGUCCUCUGUUUGUUAGUGGGCCAACUCGGCUGCCUGGUGGCCCUCUGCAUCCCGCAGUGGCUGACCGUCUCCUCCGGCCUUCUGGAGAACGAGAAGUACGUGCUGGGCCUAUGGGAGGCAUGCGUGGUGCAGGACACCGGCCAGAGUGUGUGCCAGGCGUCGGGCCGAGGGGACCUGGCUGCUGAAAUGCUGCUGGUUCGCAUCCUCAUGUGCGUGGCCUGCGGGGCAGGUUCUCUGGGACUUGUGCUCACCCUCCUAGGACUGACAUGGCUGCGGUGUGAAGGCCGUCGGGGGAGCUCUUUGGAAAGCAGGGCCACCGUGGCUGGAGGAGGCCUGAUGGGCUUCGCUGGCCUCACCACCCUGGCGCCUGUGUCUUUCAUUGCUCACGUGACGGUGCAGAAGUUCUGGGGCCCCGGGGCCCCCACCCAUGGGCCCCGCUGGGAGUACGGCAACGCCUUGUUCAUCGGGUGGAUGAGUGGGUUUGCCCUGUUGACCGGGGGGCUUCUCUUGGUGGCGUCACAGCUUUAUGCCAACAAGCUGGCUGAAAAGACGACGUCUUUGACUUCAGAAGCAGGCUUUCCGAGAGAAGUGCAGUUUGCUCAAGUCGGUGUCGUUUAG